GAGAGAGAGAGAGAGAGGAGAACAGAGGACAGUAACACCGUAACAGUGGAGGGAGAGCAGGCUGAGCAGUAUAGAAAUACACCCUGCAAUACAAAUCACUAUUCAACGCUACACUGGAUUGAAGCCACACUGGACAACCUACGUGUGUGAGUCAGCCUGGUUGUGACGGUGUGUGAGUGUGUGAGAAACAGAGAGCAGUUGUGUGUAUCAGAGAGAUAAUCUGAAAGUGCGUGAGAGACAACCUGUGAGGAAGGGGUUUGGUGUGUGAGAGUGUGAGUGUGUGGAAGGGGUUUGGUGUGUGUGUGUGUGUGUGUGUGUGUGGAAGGGGUUUGGUGUGUGUGUAUGUGUGUGUUUGUGUGUAAUAGGCUGUACCCGACUUUAUGAGUUGUGUAAUGCAACGCAGCAUUACUUCUAAUGAGAGGAGACGCUGAAGAGCGGACACUGCAGGGAUACUUGUGCCAGACACACUACUUUAGCGGACAGUGCUAGAGCCUACGGCUGGAGAGUACAGAACAGGACAGGACCCUUUGCCUGGACAAUACCAUAGGGAUUGCACCUUUUCGGGAAGAUCACAGAGGACAAUACUUUACAGGUAGAUUGUACCAUUGGGACAGCGGGGUGAUUGUGUGUUUUCAGGAUGAGUCUGGACCCUGUUCAUGUGAUGAAGGGGCAGUCAAACCCAAAGGACCCCACGGCUGCCCCUGUAACUCCGUCGUCAAACGGAGACGGCAAAGGAGCCUGGGAAGAGAAAGAGGAGUUUGACCAAGACAAGCUGGGUCUCACCACAAAACCUUUACUGGUGUCAUGUCAGAGAAGAGCCCGGAAGGUGGAAGGAGGCAUUUUCUUUCCCAAGCCGGAGAAUGCGGUGACCGUUGCGGUGUCGUCCCGGGUACUGUUCCGUACUGAGACCGAGCAGAAGGUGUAUGAGCAGAAGGGGGUGGAGGAGUACCUGCGGUACCAGGUGGAGCAUGAGAACGAACCCUUCGCCCCUGGGCCAGCCUUCUCCUUCGUCAAGGCGUUGCAGGCGGUGAAUGCCCGUCUGAGAGAGCUGUACCCAGAGAGUGAAGAACUGUUUGACAUCGUCCUGGUGACCUAUAACCACGCCCAUGUAGGGGUCAGGCUCAUCAAUACUAUCAACCAUCACAAUCUAUUCAUUGAGAGGUUCUGUAUGACGGGAGGCAGUUCACCUAUUGGCUACCUGAAUGCGUGGCAGACGAACCUGUACCUGUCUGCUGAUGCUGAGAAGGUCAGAGAGGCGCUGUCUGAAGGCAUUGCAGCGGCCACCAUGUUCAUGUCCGAUAAUCUGACGGAGGUAUCAGAGACGCAGCUGAGAGUGGCCUUCGACGGUGACGCUGUCCUCUUCUCUGACGAAUCAGAACGCAUCUUCAAGGCCCAGGGCCUCGACGGGUUCUUCCAGCACGAGAGAGACAAUGAGGACAUUCUACUGGACCGUGGCCCUCUUAAGGACUUCCUAGCGUCCCUUGGCAAACUCCAGAAGAAGUUCUAUGCUAAGGGCCACCGUCUGGACUGUCCCAUCCGUACCUACCUGGUAACGGCCCGCAGCGCAGCCAGCUCAGGGAUCCGUGCCCUGAAGACCCUGAGAGCCUGGGGCCUGGAGACGGACGAGGCUCUCUUCCUGGCCGGGGCCCCAAAGGGCCCGAUGCUGGAGAAGAUUAGGCCCCACAUCUACUUUGAUGACCAGAUGUUCCACGUGGAAGGGGCGGCGGAGAUGGGCACGGUCGCGGCUCACGUACCCUACGGGAUCGCUCAGAAGCACCCACAUAAGAAGAGCCUGAACACUGGGAAGUAGAUAGUGGAGGGAGAGAACAAGAGAAAGAUGGAAGAAACUAAGAGAAGGAGAGACUUGAGAUGAAAAACUUUCAGAGAGGGAGAUCUAGAGUCAUGUGGAACAUCUGAUCUUCCCAGGGUCGUUGUCACAAACAAGAAAGGGAUGUUAUUCUCAGUCAGUGUGUUUCGUAAAACAAAGGUAGCUCAAUAACAAUGAAGACAAGGAAGAAAGUCUGUAAAUUAUUGGAAUGAAAUACUCCUAAUGGACAAUUACUGAAUUGUGUUGAUUACAGUAUGUGCUUUUCACCAGAUUUCAGAAGUGUUUGUAUUGUACAUACAUGGGGUUGUUUCAUCUCCUCAGCAUCCUAUGUGUAGCAGCCUUUAUUAGCAUCCUUAGGAGUGGGUUAUCAUAAGCACUUUGGUUGGACAGAGGAGAUAUCUACAUACCUGAGAUAGGAACAGAGGAGAGUUCUACAUACCUGAGAUAGGAACAGAGGAGAGUUCUACAUACCUGAGAUAGGAACAGAGGAGAGUUCUACAUACCUGAUAUAGGAACAGAGGAUUUAUUUAUAUACCUGAUAUAGGAACAGAGGAGAGUUCUACAUACCUGAUAUAGGAACAGAGGAUUUAUUUGCAUACCUGAGAUAGGAACAGAGGAGAGUUCUACAUACCUGAGAUAGGAACAGAGGAGAGUUCUACAAACCUGAGAUAGGAACAGAGGAGAGUUCUACAUACCUGAGAUAGGAACAGAGGAGAGUUCUACAUACCUGAUAUAGGAACAGAGGAUUUAUUUAUAUACCUGAUAUAGGAACAGAGGAGAGUACUACAUACCUGAUAUAGGAACAGAGGAUUUAUUUGCAUACCUGAGAUAGGAACAGAGGAGAGUUCUACAUACCUGAGAUAGGAACAGAGGAGAGUUCUACAUACCUGAGAUAGGAACAGAGGAUUUAUGUACAUACCUGAUAUAGGAACAGAGGAGAGUUCUACAUACCUGAUAUAGGAACAGAGGAUUUAUUUACAUACCUGAUAUAGGAACAGAGGAUUUAUUAACAUACCUGAUAUAGGAACAGAGGAGAGUUCUACAUACCUGAUAUAGGAACAGAGGAUUUAUUUACAUACCUGAGAUAUCCUGUCAACAAUGAGCUUUACUUUCCCAUAUGACUUGAGCAAAUGCCUUCAUUUGAACUGAACUUGUUUUAUUUUCCUUCAACAUGUGUGGGAUGCAUCCUGUGUUAUUUUUAAUGGCCGAUCCCAUGGCUGUGGUCGUAGCAAAGGGAAUAGACAGUAGCUCCACAACUCUCCACAAUCCGUCCUAAGAAGUAAACGCUUGAUAGUCACCUGGAUGGUAUUUUACAAGAUGACGAAUGCCAACUGGACUGCCCCAAGGACACUGGCUUUAGAAUGGCAACUGGACUGCCCCAAGGACACUGGCUUUAGAAUGGCAACUGGACUGCCCCAAGGACACUGGCUUUAGAAUGGCAACUGGACUGCCCCAAGGACACUGGCUUUAGAAUGGCAACUGGACUGCCCCAAGGACACUGGCUUUAGAAUGGCAACUGGACUGCCCCAAGGACACUGGCUUUAGAAUGGCAACUGGACUGCCCCAAGGACACUGGCUUUAGAAUGGCAACUGGACUGCCCCAAGGACACUGGCUUUAGAAUGGCAACUGGACUGCCCCAAGGACACUGGCUUUAGAAUGGCAACUGGACUGCCCCAAGGACACUGGCUUUAGAAUGGCAACUGGACUGCCCCAAGGACACUGGCUGUGAUUCAAAACAUAUGGAUAAGACUGACGACUGACAGUGAAACGUGGCAACAACCAAAAAGUGUCAGAAAUUGGGAUGGAUUCUAUUCUUUACAUCAUCAAAAUCGAGUGCAUAAAGUACAAGCCAUGAUCCAAAAGCACAGAGAACGCGGUGAAAUAACUAUAUUUGACAGUUGCACGACAGACAUACAAUUAUCCUAUUUAGCACACAUGGACAAUUUACGUGAUGUAAUGUAGCAAUAGACUAUUUCUUUGCGUGGAAUUGUCUCGUUGUGAAAAAAAGAAACUUCUUCAAGAACGUGAAACACUUUGAUUGAAUAGGUCACAUGCAUGCUAGUUAUCUCUGAAGAUAGCAAAUAACAAUAGUAUUAUCUCACAAAGUCUUCUCCAUAGCCCAUUCAUGUAACAAAGCCGUUAAUACCAAGCGUAAUGUUUUUCAGUCUCUGAGUUUCCAUUGGUGCCUUAGUUCUAAUAAAUGUACUAAAGCAGUAGGUGUAUUUAUGUGUAUGUUCUGAGGAAACACCGGAUGAUCAAUAAAGUUUUUACGAAUCCAA